UGAGUGUGUGCUCUUGACUUUUUUUUUUUUUUUUAACCCCAAAUGAAGAUGGCGGUGCAGGAAUCAGCCGCUCAACUCUCGAUGGCACUGAAGGUCCAAGAAUAUCCAACUCUAAAGGUGCCCUACGAGACACUGAACAAGCGGUUCAGGGCAGCACAGAAGAACAUCGAUCGUGAGACCAGUCACGUGACCAUGGUGGUGGCGGAGCUGGAGAAGACACUGAGCAGCUUCCCAGUGGUGGACUCGGUGGUGUCCCUGCUGGACGGGGUGGUGGAGAAGCUGAGUGCCCUCAAGAGGAAGGCUGCUGAGUCAAUCCAGGCAGAGGAUGAGAGCGCCAAGCUGUGCAAGCGGCGCAUCGAGCACCUGAAGGAGCACAGCAGUGACCAGCCAGCGGCUGCCAGUGUGUGGAAGCGGAAGCGAAUGGAUCGCAUGAUGGUGGAGCACCUGCUACGCUGUGGUUAUUACAACACCGCUGUUAAACUGGCCCGGCAAAGUGGCAUCGAGGACCUGGUCAACAUUGAGAUGUUCCUAACCGCGAAGGAGGUUGAGGAGUCACUGGAGCGACAGGAAACGGCCACCUGCCUGGCCUGGUGCCAUGACAACAAAUCCCGCCUCCGUAAGAUGAAGAGCUGCCUGGAGUUCAGCCUGCGGAUCCAGGAGUUCAUUGAGCUAAUUCGACAGAACAAGCGCAUGGAUGCUGUCAGACAUGCACGAAAGCACUUCAGUCAAGCAGAGGGUGGGCAGCUGGAUGAGGUGCGGCAGGUGAUGGGCAUGCUGGCAUUCCCCUCUGAUACACACAUCUCCCCAUAUAAGGAUCUCCUAGAUCCAGCUCGCUGGAAAAUGUUGAUCCAGCAAUUCCGCUACGAUAACUACAGACUCCACCAGCUGGGAAACAACUCUGUGUUCACAAUUACACUCCAGGCUGGUUUGUCUGCCAUCAAGACUCCGCAGUGCUAUAAAGAGGACGGGACCUCCAAAAACCCAGACUGCCCUGUGUGCAGCAAGUCCCUGAACAAGCUGGCCCAGCCCUUGCCCAUGGCUCACUGCGCCAACUCCCGGCUGGUCUGCAAGAUCUCAGGCGAGGUGAUGAAUGAGAACAACCCUCCUAUGAUGCUGCCGAACGGCUAUGUGUAUGGAUAUAAUUCUCUCCUGUCCAUUCGCCAAGAUGACAAGGUGAUCUGCCCUAGAACCAAAGAGGUGUUCAGCUUCUCCCAGGCCGAGAAGGUGUACAUCAUGUGAGUGGGUGGGCCAUGUUGCAUUGGGAUGGAGGGGGGUGUUUGUGAGAGACUCACCUGACCCAGUCCUGUCCGGCCGGAGAGCGAGAUGGCUGACAGUAGUAGCAAGGCCUGGAUGCAAGGAGCCGCACUCAGACGCCUUUGUUCCUCGUGACAAAGAGCCAAAAUGGCGACCAUGCCUAACCCCUCAUCUCCUGCUCCCAAAACUUUUCAAACCCCCCUCACUUUGGAGAAUCUGCAAUAAGUGUAAACACGGAACAAGAAUUUCAGAGGACUUUGGACUGAAUUAUGGAGAUAUCUGCGGUUAUUAAAAUUACUUAGUUUUUAGUUGUGACAUUUACUAAACUAGUUUCAUUGCAGUAGCGUGGUACAUAUGAACAGGGCUCGGUAUCAUAACUCAAAGUGCUUCUGCCUUUUCUUAUUCUACAGCAGGUCAGACUACAGGCUGGUCUCAUUGAACAACAGCACUGUUUUUUUAUAAUAUAUAGUGAGAAAUAUGUAGUGAGAUUUGAUUUACCUUUUUUUACCUUGUAUAUAUAGGGUAAUCCAUUGGCUGGGACGAACAACGCAUGUUUUCAUUAUCUACAGCACCAUCUCCCAAUUCUGCUCUCUCUAAGCGGGCUGGUUGCUGCUCUAUUCAGAAAUGUUUAGCAUUUGAAUUGUAGAAAAGCUUUUUAGAGACUACUUAUGCAUGUUUGUAUUAGUAGACUAGGAGAUUGCUCUUGUAAAAUUGCUGAUCAAGGUUGUUUAAUAAAAAAUUGUAAAAAAAAAAAA